UCUAUUUACGUCAUUGAGUAGGCGUCAAAAGUUAUCAUCUCAAUCGAUUGUUGUUGUAAAAUUGUUUACAAAAAAUACACAGCAAAGCGCAAAACAUUCCAUAUCACAAUGAUAAUAUAUAUCUGUCUUGUAUCAUUCGUUUUGUGGGUUGGUUAUAAGUUUAUUUAACUCCCUUUCUCAUCAAAUUUAAAAAUGUAAUCUAAAUAGUAUCAUCAUCAUACAUUUAAAUUUUAUUAGAAAAUGUAUUAAAAUAUCAACAAUGUCUACAAUUUUCGCUAAUAGAAGUAAAAUUAUAACAGAAAUGAUGAAGUUUUCAUUUAACCAUAGAGCUUUUUAUUGUUAUCUUGGAAUGAGUGUUUGGAUAUUCUUUUUAAUAACAGUUAUGUAUAAGUACAUGUCGUUGGGAGAGGAAACAAUAGCAGCCAAGAAGAUUGUACGCAAUGAAUACUUAUCAAAAAGUGACGCCAAAUUUCGGAGGAUCUACCUCAGAGCUUGCAACCCUCCCGACAGCAUUGUGAGGGGGUCUGAAGGGGUAGUAGACAGUGAUACGUGGAUGCUGCAGGGCGCUUUAGUAGUGACGCGACACGGGGACAGAGGUCCACUGACACAUCUCAAGAACGGUGACAAACUGCCGUGUGAUGCUGACCCGGUCUCUCCACUCCUGAAAAGCUACGAGGAGUUCGUAGCGAACUCGAGUUCGACGGGGCGCGCGUGGUGGGUGUCGGUGGCGGGCCCGUUCCACAACUUCCCGUCGCUGCCGGCGCGCGCGCCCGGCACGCGCUGCGCGCUGGGGCAGCUCACGCCACGCGGCAUACUGCAGAUGAUCACUGUUGGAAACAUUCUGAAGGAAGCGUACGGAGAUAAACUGAAUUUGGAGGCCGCGGAACCACAGGGCAAGAAAGAUACUGGUGAAGUGAUAUCGUACAGCACUCGCUACCGCCGCACGUACCAGUCUCUGGUGGGGUUGUGGUGGGGCGCGGCGCGGGGCGCGGCGGGGGCGCGCGCCGCCCCGGCACGGGAGGCACACAGCGUCGCCUUCUGCUUCCGAGACUGCGCCUGCGCUGCACAUCAUGCACUUAACAAAAAAAUCAACACGCAAGCGAAGAACCGCCUGGAAUCUCACCCUGCAAUCAAGGAGCUAGUCAGUAAACUGUCCAAAGUCCUGUUUGAAUCGCAAGAACACCCAGACGCAGACGUAGUGAGGGACGCCCUCCUCGCGUACAUGUGCCACGACGCCGCCCUCCCGUGCACAGAGAAACCGAAACCACCGAGUAAGCCGAAACUAUCACUAGACAAAAAACACAAAAAGUUUCGCCCAAACACCAUUCCUUCUAGAAAGAUCUUGGACGUAGACAUAGACACGUUGAACAUGGAACUAGAUUACAUCAAUAACCAAAUGGACUUCAAUAAUGAAAUAGGCAGGAAAGCCAGGGACAUUAUAGGCAAGUACUACGACAGUAAGAAAGUCCCUCUAGACUUUGACGCUCAAAUGGAGAGAGAGAAGUUACUCUACUACCAACAACGGUACUUGGACAAUGCGGACGGAUACGAAGACGUAGUUAUAGUAAAAAAGAAUCUAGACGCAGAUUUCAAUUUCCCGAACGACGCCCGAAUGGACACGGACUUUGACGAAGAUUAUAAAGAGCCAACGCCAGAAAGUUCUGAAGAUUUCUGCAUCAAAAAGGAACAUGUAAUGUCCCUGUUUGCGUAUUUAGAGUGGAGUUAUCGGCAAGAAAUUAAGAACGUGCACAACAGAAGAAGAGGCUUGCUUGUAGCGUACGGCUUGAUACAUAAUAUUGUCCAGAAUAUGAUUCGGAUGAUAUCUGAGAAUAAGCCCAAGUUUGUCGUGUAUUCCGGUCACGAUAAGACGUUACAAGCCUUGAUACUAGCUCUCGGCCUCCACAACUAUCAACACUACAACAUACAGUACGCAUCGAGAAUGAUAUUCGAAGUUUACAGAAAAAAGGAUUUACGAGACGAGUUCAAAUUCACGAAAAGAAAAGCCAUCGCACAAGACUUUUAUUUCAGAGUGGUUUAUAAUGGGGAGGAUGUUACGAAUAAAUUGAGUUUUUGCAAAUCUAGGCAGAAUGUGGUAAUGAAGGUCGUUGACCCGAUCGAUGACGUAAAGAUAUACAAUACAUAUCUCUGUCCCAUAGAGAAUAUUGUACGGUUUAUACACGACGAUUAUUUCGCUAGCUUCAACGUGACCAAUUUCAAAGAUGCGUGCGCAAGCUAUGGGAACUCGAAACAUAUCUAUUGAAGUUUUCAUGUACCUACGAUCAAUAUUUGUUAUUUAUUUUUUGGUUUAAGUACUUUGUAAUUAAGUGAAAAUGAGAUUUUUAUGGGAUAUUUAUUUAUGUAUGUAUGUAGAGGAUAUUUAUUUGUAACUGUUGUACUUUUAAGGUAUCGGUUUGUGACGUAUUUGUCUCAAUUAAGUAUAUUAAUGAAGUGACUGAAUUUCAAUAGAAUUCGAAAAAAUGUUAAGUAAUUAUUUUAAAGAUCACUCCUUAAAUAUUUAAGAUAAACUUUAAGAUGUACAAUGAAAAGAUAUAUUUCAAUACUAAUGGGAUAACUACUAAAGCUAAUGAGGUGAAAGAGGAUUUUGGGCCGAAGGUUACUUCCUCCAAAGAUGGUGUUUUGGCCGAAGAUGUUUUUUUUUGGCCAAGAUUCGGGCGGACAUUACUUACCACAUUAUUUAUUGGGGGUCUGAUUUACCGGGGCUCCGGCUCGACAAGCACUAGUAGGAACGGGGUGGGUUUUAGUCAGUAAGAGUCUGACACUCCCUCUUGCCUCGCCCAGGGCGGAAGAAGUUAUUGGAUGAUUUUCUCCCCUUAAAAAAAGCGAUUGACUCAAAAAUUAAAUUGAAAUUGUUAUUUUCAAGACAUUUAACAUUCCAUUUUUGCUCAUUUACAAAAAAACAGUUACAAAUAAAUAUUUAUAAACGAAUAAUGGGUUAAUUAUGGUAAGCACAAGUACAGGAGGCAUUAUGAGAUUAUGUAACUAAUUUGGGAUAAUUUUUAGUGUAAGUUUCAAUGUAACAGAGGCAUAUCAAUUUUAAAUAAUACCUAAUUUUAUACUCAAACAUAAUCAUAACUUAAUUUAUUAUACAAUAUGUUAAUUAACAGAGGGCGUUCCUGUUAACCCGCAAUAGUAUA